UUGCAGCGGAAUGGCAAUUGCUUCGGAACCGGAAUCAGUUAGACAGCUCUUAGUCGAUAGAUUCAUGUCCACCGGCAAUUCAGAAAGUCUGCAUCUUUGGGCGUAUAAUACCCGACCAGUAGGAGCACACUGGUUGUUGCUUGCUAUCAACCCUAUAAGAGAAGUCGUGUAUUAUCUGAAUUCGGUAAAUGGUGACUGGACCAAUUAUCCGGCUAUGAAGGAAAUCGUUGAUUUAUCAAUACAAGUGUUCCGAAGUCAACGGGACGCACAGGUAUCCUGGACUAAAUCAAACAACAUUACUUGGAUCAAAGUGCAGUGUCCGCAACAGCGAAACAGUUCAGAUUGCGGAUACUUUGUUUUGAGGUUUAUGAAAGAAAUCCUUCAGGCGAAUCAAUUAGAGAUUCCGCUCACGUACCUUGACGAAUUCCGUGCUGCUGGGUACCCGAGACUUAAGUUGGAAGAAAUCAAAGAGGAUUUGUGUCACUUUUAUAUUAAGCAAUUUUUCAUGUAGGAUUUGUGUCGAUUUGAACUAUAAUAUUAUUGAUGUUGUAAUGAUGUAUAUAUAUAAUUUUGG